UUUCCUGGAGAAAAAGGGUUUGUGGCAGUUUGUUGUCAUCUCCAUCCAGUAGUGAACCGUUAUAUCGUGUCGGCAACACAGUCCCCCUUUUUAUUCUGCCCCCUUUUGUCUAUCCGUGUGUUUACUUUAGCGUGUGUCAAUUGAAGCCAGCAUACUCUAUCCGGCAAACAAGCCAUGUGAAAUAAGUCAAACCGGCAGAAGACACCGUUAAAGACAAUAGCUGGGUGCGUCGGUUGAAGUUAACUGGCAACAAAGAAUGUAUGUGUAACCACGGUGACGGUGGCAAGUUGGUGGCGGAUGACAAGAGAUACGGGAUAGUUGAAUUUAGCGCUUUUUGGACGACAAUGUUUGUGUGCGGGUAGCAUUAUUAUUCAUCACCUGAACCAAACAGGGGGGACGUACAAUGUCAGGUUAAAUGUAAAGUUGAAAGUCAAGCCCGUACGAGAAAAGGGGGAGUCUCCGCCCGGGGGAGGAGGUGGUGGUUGUUGGUAGUGGAGAAGAAGAAGAGGAGCAUGAAGAAGCGUAAUGUCUCGGUUCCUGUUGGCAUCUUAGUUUGUGUAAAAAGCCACGAGUUGGAUGUGUUCAAAGCGGGGAGGGGAGUCGUGGCAGAGUGGGUGGGAACAAUGGGAGUAUUUGCGGAAAGCAUGACGGCUAUUUCAGCAUAAAGUGUCUGCCAGCGCUGCCGACAGCUCUCCUCCAGUCCAUCCCAGUCAGGUAAACCUCUCUCCAGGCUGGACAACAGGCUUUCUUCACCCUGCACAGGUGGACCUUAUUGUGUUGAAGACGACCAUGACUUAGCCCGGUAUUUGACCAGCUUUUUGACCAGCGUUUGCUCUCCUGAAGUUUAUUGUUGGCCACUGUUCUACUUUGCUGCUGUAAGGUAGAGCAGCCACACUCUGCCCUGGAAGCAGUGACAGACGGACGGAUAGACUGCCCUGUGAAGUCUUCUUCUUUUCAUGGAUGCCAGGGUGGCCCUGCUGAACUUAUGGACAGUCCUUGUCCUCCUGACAGCAGAAUGGAAGUGGAUUGAUGCUGCAGAGGUCUACACCAAUGCUUGGGCUGUCCAGAUCGAUGGGGGGCCAGAGGAGGCUGACCGUAUCGCCAGGGAACAUGGUUUCAUCAACCACGGCAAUGUUUUUGGAGAUUAUUAUCACUUCAGGCAUCAUGCCGUGGAAAAGAGGGCUUUGUCUGGCCACAGGGGGAUGCACAACAGACUGCAAAAGGAACCACAGGUGCUGUGGGCUGAGCAGCAAGUAGUGAAAAAAAGGAAGAAGAGGGAUGUCUACGAAGACCCGACAGACCCCGAUUUCCCAAAGCAGUGGUACCUGUCCACCCCAACACAUCAAGACCUGAAUACCAAAGUAGCAUGGACUCAAGGCUACACAGGAAGAGGCGUGGUGGUGACUAUCUUAGAUGACGGCAUUGAGAAGGAUCAUCCUGACCUCAUCAGCAAUUAUGACCCUGAGGCCAGCUAUGAUGUUAAUGACGGAGAUUCCGACCCUCAACCAAGAUACACGCAAAGAAAUGAAAACAGACAUGGAACACGAUGUGCAGGAGAAGUUGCAGCUGCAGCUAACAACGGCGUGUGCGGCGUCGGUGUGGCAUAUAACGCUAAAAUUGGAGGUGUGCGGAUGUUGGAUGGGGAGGUGACAGACGUGGUGGAGGCCCACUCUCUUAGCCUUAACCCUCAACACAUCCAUAUUUAUAGCGCCAGCUGGGGCCCGGAGGAUGAUGGCAAGUCACUGGAUGGCCCUGCCAAGCUGGCCAAGGAGGCUUUCCUCCAGGGAAUCACCAAGGGACGUGGCAGACUAGGCUCCAUUUUUGUGUGGGCCUCAGGGAACGGUGGCCGGGAACAGGACAGCUGUAACUGUGACGGCUACACCAACAGCAUUUACACCCUGUCCAUCAGCAGCACCACGCAGUCCGGCAACGUGCCGUGGUACAGCGAGCCCUGCUCUUCCACUCUCGCUACCACCUUCAGCUCUGGAAACCCGGGGGAGAAACAGAUAGUGACCACAGACCUGAGGCAAAAAUGCACUGACUCUCACACAGGGACGUCCGCUUCGGCCCCGCUGGCUGCUGGGAUCAUCGCUCUAGCUCUGGAGGCGAACAUGAAUCUGACCUGGAGGGACAUGCAGCACCUGGUGGUGAGAACGUCACAGCCCGGACGCCUCAGCGCCAUAGACUGGAAGACCAACGGAGUGGGACGCAGAGUGAGUCAUUCGUACGGUUAUGGGCUCCUGGAUGCAGGUGCUAUGGUGGCUUUGGCACAGAACUGGACCACAGUGGGGCCACAGCAUCAGUGUGUUCACACCAUGCUCACAGAGCCGAGAGACAUCGGGAACAAGCUGGUGUUCAGCAAGAGCGUGGAUGCCUGCUGGGGACAACCGGAGUAUGUCAGCUCUCUGGAACAUGUUCAGGCUCGCCUCACUCUCUCCCACAACCAGAGAGGAAAAUUGGCCAUUCAUCUCAUCAGCCCACUGGGCACACGCUCCACCCUGCUGUUCCCCAGGCCCAAUGACUUCUCCUCGGAGGGAUUCAACGACUGGGCCUUUAUGACCACCCACUCAUGGGACGAGGAUCCUCAAGGAGAAUGGACCUUAGAAAUAGAGAACAUGGCAGCUAACAGACGUGACUAUGGUGUGCUGAGUCAGUUCACCCUCAUCCUGUGGGGUACUGGACCCAGCGUCGUCAACCCCUCAUCCUCUGACUUCCCUCGACCGUCCAACAACAGCUGCAAGACCUUUGAUGCCCAGCAGAUCUGCAUCGAGUGCAGCCCAGGCUUCUCCCUCUUCCUCCAGGGUUGUGUGAAGUUGUGUCCGCCAGGCUUCACGUCAGGGCCGCAGCUCCUCAACCUUUCUCUGGAAAACUGGGUGGACUUGUCCUCCGUCCAGGCCUGCUUGCCCUGCAACCCAGCCUGCCUCACCUGCUCUGGCACUGGACCCACAGACUGCCUGUCCUGCCCACCUCACAGCCACCUGGUCCUGACCUCCUGUUUGCACCAGAACCAGGUCCAGCGUAAAUCUCCCCUAGCCCCCCUCCAUGGUGAUGGAGCCCAUCCAGAGGGUGAGAUCCCAGCAGCAGCAGACGACAGCGGAGGAGGGGAGGAACCUCCGGGGCACAGUAUGACUCCAUCCUCUCCACUGCCUGCCGUCGUGGCCGUGCUCAGCUGUGCCUUCAUCCUGGCUGCCUUCGUCGGGGUCUUCUUUUUGCUGCAGAUACGCUCAGGCGGCGCCUCUUCAGGCUGGAGGACCAAACUGCCCUCUGUGUAUUCAGAGACGACGGGGGUGCGGGUGGGCUUUGGUUUUGGCUUCGGCCAAGGGCGGGAGAGGAAGGCACGGAUAUGCUACAAGGGGAUCCCCACUGUGUGGGGGGAUGAGGACAUGAUCGCCUACCAGUCUGAAUCAGACAGUGAAGAAGUGGACGGUCACAGCGAGAGGACUGCUUUCAUCAAGACGCAGAGCUCGAUCUAGCUGACCCUACGUCUGCUGUCGUGGUCUCACAGCGCGACAUCCUACGUCAGCAUUUAGAUCUGACUGUAAGGAUACGUGAAGGAGAAUCACACAGGCUCAGACAAACACAAAACUUAGGCCUUACUGCCCCAUCAGCAGCGUGUCCCCCAUCAUUUGCUUGUUUUUUAUGUGUUUAUUUACAUUUGUUAAUUUAUCUAAUUUGAUUAAGAUUGAUGUCAAAUGUAUUCAUGCAUUUCACCAACACAAGGUGUCCUACAACCCAAACUUCUGGUUGGAAGUAUCAGCCAAAGCCCCCAAAACCUUGAAUCCUACAAUUCCCAUAAUGCAGCUUAGCAGUAUCAUUCAUUAGAGACCCCCUGCCUGCGUCUUUCCAGCUGCACAGCCCAAGGAAAAAAUGUAGACUCCAAGCCAGAGCUCAAAAUAACCCCAGAUGUCUGCUAUUUUUUCAGACUUGUCAAAGCUCCUCCAGAACUAAAGAAGAUACUACACAACUUUUUUUUCACAGGCUGAGAAGUGCUCUCUGUGACGAGUAAACUGAACAUGAUGUGUAAAAUGAAUGUACCUCCAAACCAGUGAAGUGCAUUACUUUCAGAAAUAGGCAUUGAUUUGUCCCCAACACACAAACAUCUGGCACACGAGCGCAGGCGGCUUCAUAAUAAAUUGCUCCGUUGUUAUGUUUGAUCAGAUUCCUGACAGAUUGUAGGCCAGAGGUCUCCGAGUCGACACGAUGUUCAUUAAUAGUAAGAAAAGUUCAAAUUGAAUAUUUCUGCGGCGCACAGGGACGGCAUAAUAAAACAUCCUGCAGGCUGUUUGAUAAAUCUGAAAAUGUGGAGGAUGCUCUGUUUUCAAUCAAGGCACAGUGGGAUUUGCCACCGCAGCACAGACACAUUUUAGACGUAUCAGCCAUGAAAUUUCACAGACUUGUUAGAAGAGUAAUGCCAUUUUUUAAUGGAAUGUAAAAAAAAAAAAUGCUUAUUUGGCUGACCUUUACAACAUUUUUCUACUUGAUUGCUGCUGGUAAGAAAUAAGAUCAUUUUCUCUUCAUUUUCCCCACAGAGCACAUAUUGAUUUUGGGGCUUCUCUCUCGAAACAUCUUCAUCGGUUGUACAACAGUGAAAACUUGCCACCACACAAGUUGAAUAAAAAGCCUUUGGACCUAAAGGCCAGAACGGUGAAAGCGAUUUAAGAAAUGACGAGAUUUUGUCUCACAUUUUCUAUGUUUGUUUUAUAUCCUUUUUUUAUUUAACCGACAGUGGAUGUUAAUAUUGUUGAGAUCAGUUGGAAUAAAAUAACUUUUGGCUGUUGC